CCUUUGCCCCGAGGGCGCAGAUUUUGAAUUUGGCACUGGCUCGCCGGUCGGCGUCGCGUCGGGAUCAAAGUCGACGGGAUCACUGCCGCCCUCGCUCGUGUUCAGUUCCCAAACGGAGUCCAAAAAAUCCUGGCGAACGAGUCAGUAUGUCGAAGCUAGGUGGUGCGCACGGUGCCAUCGGGCUCUCUUACCUCCCAGGCCACCCAAAUCGGAGUUCCAUCUUGCAGCAUAGUGAUGCCGAGCUCGGACAUGGACUGACCGCGCAGCAUGUCGGUCACCGUCUGGACGGUAUCGGCGUCGGAUUCGCGCGCAAUGUCGAGGAGGCGACCCAUGGCCUCGUUGGCCAGGACGACCGUCUUCAGCGAGGAGAGGACCAGGACGGGCACGGGCAGGUACUGCAAGGCGGCCAGGGCCAUGGCGGUAGACGUGGGCGUCGGAGGGUCGAUGGCGGACAGGACAUCGCUGGGAGCGGAAUCGGUGGGCGAGCCCGGGUCGUCUUUGUCGGCGGGCAGGUCGAAGUAGCCGCCGGGGUCUUGAUCCGGGACAUCGCUGGAGGGAGAGCGACGGGACUCGGUAGCAGAGAGGUCGAGAGUUGGCGCAGGCUUGGGCAUGUUCCUGCCAGCAGCACCGCAGUCUGUUUCUGGACGGACAGGAUCAGACGGCCGGCGGCGACAGGGCAGGUAGGGCAGGGCUGACGGCGCGCAUGGAAAUGGCUUGGUGCAGGCAGGGUGGGAUGAAGUGGCGGGCCUGGCGCACUAGCAGGUCUAGAACUCGACGAGGUGGCGCGACGGGUAGUGCAAAGGCAGACGAGAGGUGGGGAGCAGGACAGUCGGGCUUGGGAGGUUGGCGCG